AUGGCCGACAAGUAUCCCUUCAAGAGACAGCAGCAGACGUCAAACGACGGCGUCCCGCCUUCCAACCUCAACAAGCGGUCACAAACACAGCAACACAAUGUCCAAGGAAUGCAGCCACAAGAUCUCUACCUUCCAGGCAAGUAUCACUCCAUCUCAUCACCUAACGAUAACCAUCGUGGCAUCCAGGUACCUCCUUUCCUAGAGCCACCAACCGGCACAACACAACCUCCCAGCCACUUCCCUACCCUCCGCUCCUCUCCAGAUUCCGAGGUUUCUAUGCAUACUGCUAAUCCACAGUCCGCUCUUGCGAGCCCUUUAGUGUGGUCUAGAGUUUGUCCACAAUGCAAGAAAACCCCCAUGGGUCGUCUCCCAGCCAUUGGCCCAGGCGGCCGGCCGAUCGAGUCCGUAUGUGAAGCCUGCCGACAGCAAAACAUCAGAAACUCGGUCACAGCUGCCCGGGCAUUACAAGCGAUUCCCAGCGACAAUCAAGGCUCCCGAGGAUCAUCCACUCAGUCGAACCGCUGCCGCCGCUGCCACCGACAAAACACGGUAAACGGCCGAGACCUUUGCCCUGAAUGCACCGCCGCAGACAUUGCCUUCGGCCCACAUGGUCAAGCAAACAGCUCAGCAGGUGCUCUCCCGCAAGGCGACAACCACGUCUGCAUCCAGUGCAAUAGGAACAUCACAGCCUUGGGCCGGGCACAGUGUCAUGAAUGCAUUUCCGCCGGCAACACGUCCAAUAGAGGACGCCGAUUCCAGCCCGCCCCGUUGCCGCUCCAGGGCUCACAUAUCUCGGAUAUCCGCUCGGGAGUCUGCGACGUCUGCCACCGAAAGCAAGUGCCACCUGGUCAAAGACGUUGCGAGGCAUGUAUUAUCCUCCCCAACACCCCUACCACAGCUCACAUGGCCUUCUUCGGCGGACAGGGCAUAUGCGUGAUUUGCGAGCGCGCCCAAGCGCUGCCAGGUAAGGCUCACUGCAACUCGUGUCAGUUCGAAGGCAUGCACGGCGAGAUGCCGCUGCAAGCGAUGGACGAACUGGCGCCGGAGGAGACCAUGUUCUGCGCGAUAUGUGGCCUUUCGUGCCCGCGUGUCUCCAACGGACUCUGCAGCCGAUGUGAGGGAUCAAACAACAUUACCGACCCGAUUGAAGAGUUGCCAGAGCAGUCGACGGCCUAUAAUAAGCUGUGCGGCUGUAUGAAUCCCGUCCGCGCCCCGGGCGCCGCUCUCUGUGAAGGAUGCUUUGCGGUCUUUAACCGCGUGGGAAAGAUAGCUUGGCCCGCGGAAAGAAGGAAGCUGUGGCGGGGAGCUUCCAGACGACGGGAGUCUUUGGGUAAAUGA